AUGGUGGAGCAACAUUUAAACACUGCCAUGCUUCUGACAAUUUCGCAGGGGUUCAAGGUGGUUUUUUUGUACUCAGCCUCUCGUGUGGACGGUGUUGUUAUACAUGUAAAAGACAGUGUUCUUAAUCAAACUAUAACAGAGUUGAGGUGGUUAGAAAUAAUUUACAAAAUGCCCUCAUUUAUAUACGGAGACAGUUUAGACGAAUUAAAAAUAUUUAACACAACAAUGGAAGCUACCCCAUUUGACAGUAAUGGUCCUCUACUGUUGGUCACAAACUUGGAAGUCAUGGAUUUUGGAAAAGACAAUUCGACUAUUCUUAACUGUCCUAUUGGGAAUAAGGUGGAAGUUUCCAGCUUUACUAUGGGCGAUCUAAAAAGCACUUGGCAGUUUAGCUGUUCAGCCUGUGCAGGCAAUUCCUACAGUCUACAGCGUGGUCGUGCUGUUGGGUCUCGUGUGGUACCAGGAUUUCAGUGUCUUCCAUGCCCGUUUGGAGCAAACUGCUCUCAAAAUAUCAUCGCCAAACCAAACUUUUGGGGUUUUAAAGAACGGAUUGCUCCCCCAACUCUAAAAUUUGCCAUGUGUCCUGUUGGUUAUUGUAGUCCUCCUGAAGAAAGAGAGUUUCCCAAAUACAAUGGUUGCCAGGGUAACCGUAAUGGCAAAUUAUGUGGACACUGCAGUGAUGCUUACUCUGAGACACUUUACUCUGCAGCCUGCAGACCCUCAAGUGAGUGCAAUGAUUAUUGGUUUUGGCUUGUGUCGUUAGUCUACGUAUCGCUAAUGGCAUUUUUUUUGACAUUUAAACCUCCUAUAAUACCUUGGAUCAAGCGUCAAAUCAAGUGGUUUAAAACCCAAGAAACGACAGACGAGCAAAGUUACAGCGACGGAGGUUAUGUUAAAAUAAUCUUCUAUUUUUAUCAGGCAGUUGAUCUUCUCCUCGCCUCAAAUACAUCAGGACUGCGUUUUGUAGAGGGUAAAGUAAAGUACGUUCUUGUUGGAGUGUUCAACUUUCAACAAUCAUUUUCAUGGAAUGGACUGAUUUGCCCCUUUCCGGGUCUUACAGUAGUAACGAAGCAGUUAUUUUCGGCCUCUCACGUAUUUGGUACAUGUCUCAUGAUAGGUGUCUUUUAUUGUUUGCACAGGGGUGCUCAAAGGUGUCGAAGAAAAGAGAUUCCAUCUGUUUCUCCUUAUAUGGCUGACAUUUUGCAGACCUUGUUGCUAGGAUACAAAACGCUUGUUUCAAUAAGUUUUGACCUCUUGCGAUGCGUGUCAAUCGGCUCAGAGAAACAGUUGUUUUUGAAUGGAAACGUUGUCUGUUUUCAAUGGUGGCAAUACAUUUUGAUUGCUUUAAUCAUCGUUUUUUUCGCGCCAUUUGUGUUUGUCUUAUUUUGGGGUUGUUUUAAGUUGUACAACGGACACCUUUCUGUGGCGAGGUUUCUGUUGGCUUGCUGUUUUCCAUUACCUUUUCUUGGUUAUUGGGUAUUCCUCUUUCUAUUUCAGUUACAACGAACUGCGGCCCAAACAGCCACAGCCACGAGGCAAAUGUCAAAGAGAUCUGUGGAGACGACACUUUUUGGCUGUUUCAAGAAGCCUGCGGAUGGUGGCACACUUUCUUUGGGCUGGGAAAGUGUUAUGAUCGGACGCCGGCUUAUUCUUAUUUUGUUGAAAACAUUUGUCAAUGAUCCAAUGCUUCGUCUUCUCAUUAUGAGUUUCCUUUGUGUUCUGUUUCUCCAACAUCAUUCCAUGACUCAACCGUUUCGAGAUAUCACUGCCAACAGAGUUGAAACCAUUUCGUUGCUGUCUCUUGUCCUCUUGGGGAUGGUAAACGUGUUUUUUGCCUCCUUUGUAUCUUUGGCCGUUCCAUUAACCGAUCAUUUUAAGUUCUCGUGGUAUUUCUGUGAAGUAGUGGAAACCGUCAUUCUAUGUGCAGUACCUGCUAUUAUUAGUAUCUUUGUAAUUGGUGCUGCUUUUUCGCUGGUGAUCCGCUUUCUUUUCGUUUGUUUCAUCCGGUGUUACAGUAAAUUAAAGCAUAGUGAAGAUAUGAGGCCACUUUUGUCCCCGACAAAUUAA